UCCGUUUCUUUUCCCCACAUGACUCACGAGGGCUCCGGCGGCGGCGGCGGCGGCGAGACGGCCCUCCGCCCCGGCCCUCCGCAGGCGGCGGCGCCGCUGGAAGACGAGGACGUCCUGGGCGAGAUCCUCGUCCGUCUCCCCCCGCUGCCCUCCUCGCUCGUCCGCGCCGCCGCCGUCUCGAGGCUCUGGGGCCGCCUCGCCGCGGACCGCGCCUUCCUCCGCCGCUUCCGCACCCACCACCGGAGGCCCCCCGUCCUCGGCGUCUUCGAGGAGCGCGACGGGGAGCUGGUGUUCACCCCGCUCCUCGACGCCCCGGACCGGAUCCCCCGCGAGCGCUUCUCCAUGCGGUUCUGGCACGUGCUCGGUUGCUGGACCUUGCUCGGGUACCGCCACGGCCGCGUCCUCAUGGUCAACCAGGAUCUGGCCCUGCUCCUCGUUUUCGCCCCUCUCGUCGGCGGCCGCCGCGGCCUCCGCGCCGUGGUGAUUCCUCCGGAUUUCGUCGACGGCGAGUACGCCGUCGCCAACGGAGCGGUGGUCUGCGCUGCCGGCGGCGAGCAGGGCCACGUGCACGGAGACUGCCACUCGGGCCCCUUCAAGGUGGUUCUGGUGGCCACCAGAGUGAGACACCCGGUCCUAGCCCGGGUCUACUCCUCGGACACCGGUGAGUGGGGAGAUCUUGUCGUAAUGGCGGAACCAUGUGUUGUUAGCAGCUUCCCCUCCACCCUCGUCGGCAAUGCUCUUUACUGGUGGCUAAAAAAGUGUCAGCACGAGGAUGGCAUACUCAAGUUCGAUUUGGAUAGCCAGACACUAUCUGUGGUCAGGAGGCCUAUUUUUGAUCGCAUUCCCAGUUGCAGCAUCCGGAUCAUCAGGGGAGAGCAUGGCGGUGUUGGCCUCGCUGUAUUUUCGUACCCGAGGUUCCAAAUCUGGGAACGCAUGGUCAAUAGUCAUGGUACUGCCAUAUGGGUGCUGCGAAAGACGGCUCGCAUGCAUAGUAUGCUUCAGUAUGCUAUGCUGACUAUAGUAGGGUACUCUGAGGAUGGGGAUGCGCUUCUUCUAACAGUGUCCUUCGGUGGGGGUGUGGCCGCCUACAGCUUCAUGCUUCAACUUGAGUCAAUGGAGUGGACGAAUCUUAAUCAAACAUUUUUGGAGUAUUCCUACCAUCCGUUUGCAUACUUCUAUACUGCAGGUACUGUCAGAGCGUCAAGUACCGCUCCAGCCAUUGAGCCACCACAGCAGCGAAGUACAAUUCCAGCCAUUGUGCCGCAACAGCAGUGAAGUACUGGUCCAGCCAUUCCACAGCUGCGGGGUGGUCGCAUGAUUUAGUGAUCAGUAGGAUUUGCAUCUGCAGCAGAGGCAUAUGUUGUUUAUAGGGUUUUUAAUUUCGUCUUGUAUAUGAAGACCAUAGAAAGUGUAAAAUGAAAAUUUGGAUUUGGUCUCUUAACAGCACUUGGUUGUACGAGUUGAAUCAUAGAACAGGAGGCAGGUAAGUACAGGGGACAGGUAAGCAUUGUUAUUAUGAUCUGUUUGUAGCUUCCUAAAAAUGAGUGUACUGUCAUGGUCAUUUGACACAAUGAAGAAAAAACAAAUGAGUGUAGGCUGAUAGAAGUCGUAAUUGUGAGUUGGCACCUUGCUUUCAACAAAAGUUCAUCUCAUUGCUCCCUAUUUGUACGACAGCAAUACAUAUCAGUAAAAUAAAAGGAUGUUUAUUAGCCACUUUUAGACGUGGUGGCAUAAUAUCAGUAAAAACUAAAGAAUGCUACUAUUCAUCAGUUUUCCUUUUGCGAAUAUUUGCGUUGCCUUUUUUGGACCAUAACUUUUUGUUCUUUUUCAGAUGCAUAGUGUGCUACUACAAAAUAUUUACUUGAUCCUUGAUUGACAUACUUUUGUGAACUGAGAUCUUGCGCUCUGCUUUUACCAAUCAGCCUGUUUGCUUCUUUUCUUACAUGUACUUUAAUUAUACAUUUCUGGAUUUGGUGCUUUGAUUUGCUGCAGUUUCCUUGAUUUAGUAGAUGCAUGAUGUGCAUCAAUACACUGGACUUCAUGAUCGGUUUUCCAUCUCACAUCAAUAGUUUAGGCCACUAUUUGUUUAUCCAUGCAUUUUAGGUAAACAUUGGUGUAGACUUGGUUGUUUUUUUUUGGUUGUUUGUGGUAUCCAUUUUCCCCUACACUAAGUAAUAGCCCGUGCGUUGCAACUUGCAACGGAGGCAUACAAAAUGUACCACUAAAAUUUUAGUUAGUUUUUUACAUAACAACCAUGAUUUACCUUUAUUGUUAAUGUGAACCUUGAUUUACCAUCUAUUUAUUGUUAAUGUGUCUGCAUACUAACUGAUGCAAUUAGCAAGUGUUAAGUGAUAACCUAAUUCUUGAAUAUCAGUUGUGGGAAAGUGCAGCACAAAUUAAUCCUAAUUAAAUUCUUUCCCCAACCUGCUUGGUCCUACAACAGGCAAACAUUAGGUUGCUAGCAACAAAAUGAUAUGCAAGGAAUAAAUUGCAACCCCACAGAAGAGAAAAAAAGGGCUCUAUACCUUUUAUCCUCCCAAUCUGCAAAACAAAUAGAAUUGAGACAUAUCGUGCCAAUUUAAUUACUAAAGCUCAUGUCCAAUUUUGGAAGCUAAUGGCCAAGUAGUUGGCAAUUUUGUUUCUGAAGAGAAAUGCAUUGAUGCAAUUUUGUCCACUUCGGAUCAUUCCCUCUUAACAAAAUGCCAGUGAUGUUUCUCUUAAUGUAGUAUACUGACCAUUUCAGCAGCAUAAUUUCUCUAAGUGACCAUGCAGUAUUCAGUGACUUUUCUAGGUGACUAAUAUGCAGCAUGCAUGGAUGGCUGGGAGACUGGGCAGAGAGAGUUUGUCAUGAAAACUGUUUUUCGCUUUAACUUUCACUUUGUUGUGUUUCCUCUGUCCAUUCUUUCCUCAGUUAAAACUUCAUUGCCAAAAACCAGAUUACCUCCUUCCAUGAUCUGCACAAAGGCAUAAGAAUACUAAAGUGUCACCAGACUGAGAGAUGCAAAGUACCAAGUGCAUAAAAUCUGUGUCCAAAUCGUUUAGUUAUGACAAUUACAAAUUUAGUUGUUUAAUAUAUACAAUAAGAAAUUCAGUGUUCUACCAAUUACAUCAAAUUAGUAGUCAGUUUAUCCCAUGCAGUGCACAGGAAAAUGUCAAAACAAAGGAGAGGAUGAGGCCGUCUACCUUGUAGAGGAGCAAGCCCGUACUUGCUGCUGCCGGUCUUGGUGCCGCCUUCGCAUAGGUGGAGUUCGUCAAGGUCGAGAUCUGCGAGAUCCCCAGAGUGGCGCAUGUUAUAAGAGCAUCAAAAGAAUUCAGAGGAGGGGCUCUGAAUCGAACAUAGAAGAAUCAAAUCUUUUGCUUGCGGCGCCGGAUCAUGAGCCCCCGGCGCCAAUCGACCGGUGCCCCAUCGGCCUCUCUGGGUCAGUGACGUAGCAGACUGAUGCGAAGGCAGAGCCAGCGGGUGAGGAGGUCAAUGUAAGGAACCGGGGGGGUGGCGGUGUCACGCAGCGUAUUUUUGGGUAGCUCGGACAUUGAAGUGGCACCAGCGAGUCGAGGAGAGGAAGGAGGUGUUGAGGUGUGGGGUGGCGGCUGGCUGCAGCGGAUGUUCCGGGAGCGGUAGGCGUGGCGGCGGAGAACAGGGAAAGGGGAUUUAGGGUUGAAGAGUGGUGCGGGGUGGAAAAAUGAGAGAGGUGGGCGAUGGAUUCUGCUGGACUUUUUUUUUCCUUGCGCGGGUUCUUUUGCCAUCUAGAAAACCGAGUGGGGGAGAGGAGCGGCACUAGGCAGGAUGUGAAACGGAAGAGGCGGACGAAAGGAACGGGCAAAAAGUUUUUUGACGUGAUAGGAAACCUUACUCUUUUUUUGGUAAGUAGAGAUGGUCCGUUCUGUCCUCUAGGAAACCUUUAUUGUUGAGUUGUUCCUUUGUGCUACUGUUCCUCUUUUUGUUUUUUCCCCUUUUGGUGUCUUCCUUCCCUGUUUUGUAGUUCCAUUUUGCACUGGAUUUUGGCAGUGGCAAAGUAAUAAACUUAUCACUGGCGUGCACUCAUUUGACCUUUUGCUUUGUGCACACAAUCAUGCAUUAAUCUUUGGUUAUGUUGCUAUUAUUUUGCAGUCAGAUGCAUCUUUUGUGAAUAGCUCUUGUAGAGUUAAUCAGUGGGCUAUGGAAAAUUUACCCCUCACUCUAUAGAUUGGUUGGUUUGAGGCUUAGUACUCCCUCCAUUCCUAAAUAUAGGGUGUAUAGUUUUUGGCACGGAAAUUAAAGAAUGCACAUGGAGGAAAAAUUUCACAAGUUUUGGGCAAGACUACACCUGACUAAUUAAUAUGAGAAAAUAGAGGAGCUUGCCCUGUGUAAGGAAAUGUAAUCAAAUCCCUUAAAAAGUUAUUCAAAUGAGUGGUGCAAGGCAAUACACCUUAUAUUUUGAACUUUUUCUCAAAAAUCUAUACACCUUAUAUCAAGGAACGGAGGGAGUAUAUAUUUUCUCCCUGAAUGCUAUAUAGUAUUUACAAAAAAAAUGCUCUCAAUAAUGUCCAUGCCUCUAAAUUUUUUUUGAAGAUUAAAUUCAGUUAGCUAAGUUUCAUUAUAUGGAUUUCUAACAGUUUAAUCUGCAGAAUGUUUUCAGACUAUCAGCUGAUUUUGCUGUAAGAUCAUGAAUCACAAGAAUCGUCACCUCUGUUUGGUUAAUCUAUCUAAUUUUGCUAUUUCUCCAUUGGUUUGUUGCUUUAAAAGCCAUGUUUGAAUUGUCUUUAUAUUUGAUUAACUGUACUAUGUACAUUAUAAUAUUAUGUACUUUGGUGAAGUACGGCCUCUAUUGUUUGCUUCUAGUAGCUCCCAAAUUGCCAUUUUUCUGAUUGCCUUUUUUGACCAACAAAGACUGAAACUCAUUUUUGCCAUUUUUCUGAUCCUGUUAUAUCUUUUUUAUGUUUAUGUCAUUUUCUUGGAUAUAAUGAAGUCAGUGCAUUUUGUUGUUUCCUUGAAACUCAUUUUUUGGGAUUUACUUGGUUUCUUACCAUGUAUCUUGUGGUACAAGCAAUAACUCUGUAUGAGUUUGCGUUGGUAUGCAGGGUUACUUGGCAUGUCAAAGAACCACAAUCCAUAACUGGCCCUGCAAGCAUCUCAGUUCUUGUAGGUUUAUGAAGGUGAGCGCCCUGUUGGCAAAAUAGGGCAUGCGAUCUUCUUAUGUCAAACCCUUGUUAAUCAAUUUGCAUCGUGGAAUGUCUUGAUGAAUGUACAUAUCUGGAAAGUUACUCUA